AUGCCAUCCUACCCAUUAACUACACAGCAGAAUUAUUUACCGGAAAAUACCUGGCAACGGGGCUGUGGGGUCGUUGCAACAUUGUUGAAUGAAUUGUCGUUGCCAUUAGUCUCAAGGGCACGGCUACGAACUGGCAAGGCCACAACAAGGACUGAUGUAUAUGCUUUUGGGGCAUUUGUGCUAGAGGUUGCCUGUGGAAGAAGACCAAUAAAGCAACGAGCAUCAAGUGAUCAGGAUCUGAUUUUGGUUGAUUGGGUGUUUUCGUGCUGGAGCAGAGGUGAGAUUCUUCAAACAGUUGAUCCAAAUUUGGGUACCGAUUACAUAGCAGAGGAAGUGGAGUUAGUGUUGAAGCUUGGCUUGCUAUGCUCUCACUCAGAGCCUCUAGCAAGGCCAACAAUGAGGCAAGUUGAACAGUACUUGGAGGGCGCCAUACUUCUGCCAGAGUUAUCAUCGCUUGGUAUGUCUGCAACUGGCCUGACGUUUGCACAUAAUAUUGCCAAGUCGCAACCAUCUUUUAUGGAGAAGGCAUCCUCAGUUGUAGAAUCCCUCCUCUCUGGAGGGCGAUGACCAAGAAGUUGUCUAUUAGAUUACCUUCAUCUCGGUAUAGCUAAAUGU